UUUUGUAUAAGACAACUAAGGUGGUAGAUACGACUCUAACCCCAAAUAAAGGUGGUAGAUACAAUAAUACAAACGUUUUAUGUGAAAAAUAAGAUAUUAUACUUAAACGUCUGAAGACUUUUGGUUUUAUAUAUCAAACGCACACAUCAACCAAAAAAAAAAAACAAAUCGUCGAUCAAAGACAUGGAGAUUACAAGACGACAUGCUGCCAUGUUUGUUAGCCCGGGAAUGGGCCACGUCAUCCCUGCGAUCGAGCUCGGAAAACGCUUAGCUGGAUCACACGGCUUCCACGUCACCAUCUUCGUCCUCGAAGCCGACGCAGCCUCCGCUCAAUCACAAUUCCUCAACUCACCUGGCUUCAACACGGCCCUUGUUGACGUCAUCGGCCUCCCGGCUCCGGAUAUCUCCGGUUUAGUGGACCCAUCAGCCCUUAUUGGGAUGAAGAUCAUGACUAUGAUUCGUGAGAGCGUUCAAACCCUCCGAUCAAAGAUAGCUGAGAUGCAGCACAAACCAACGGCUCUGAUCGUAGAUGUGUUAAGCUUGGAGGCUUUACGUCUCGGUGGCGAGUUCAACAUGUUGACUUAUCUCUUUAUCGCUUCAAACGCGCGUUUCGUCGCGUUGAUGAUGUAUUUCCCAACGCUUGACAAAGACGUCCAAGAAGAGCAUAUAAUCAAGAAGAAACCCUUAGCUAUACCGGGAUGUGAACCGGUUCGGUUUGAGGAUACUUUCGAAAUUUUCCUUGACCCGUCGAGCAAGAUUUACCAAGAAUGUGUUCCGCUCGGUUUAGUAUAUUCGACGGUUGAUGGUAUUAUUGUGAAUACAUGGGAUGAUAUGGAGCCCAAGACAUUGAAAUCUCUUCAAGACCCAGAGCUCUUGGGUCAGAUCGCUCGUGUACCGAUUUAUCCGAUUGGUCCUUUGUCUAGACCGGUUGAUCCAUCGAAAACUAAUCAUCCGGUUAUGGAUUGGUUAAACAAACAACCGGAUGAGUCCGUGCUUUACAUCUCUUUUGGAAGCGGCGGGUCUCUCCCGGCUAAACAGUUAACCGAAUUGGCGUGGGGACUCGAGCUGAGUCAGCAACGGUUCGUUUGGGUGGUCCGACCACCGAUAGCCGGUUUAGCUUGCAGCGAGUAUUUAUCGGUUAAAAGCAGCGAAAUACAAGACGGUGCGCCUGAUUAUCUACCGGAAGGGUUUGUUAGCCGGACUCACGAGAGAGGCCUCGUAGUCCCUUCAUGGGCCCCUCAGGCCGAGAUUCUGGCCCAUCAAGCCGUUGGUGGGUUUCUGACUCACUGCGGCUGGAACUCGAUUUUCGAGAGCGUUGUAAGCGGCGUUCCGAUGAUCGCUUGGCCGCUUUUCGCAGAUCAGAUGGUAAACGCGACGCUGCUCAACGAGGAGCUUGGGAUCGCCGUUCGAUCUAAAAAACUGCCGUCAGAGGGAGUUAUUUCAAGGGUGGAGAUCGAGACGUUGGUGAGGAUGAUAAUGGUGGAGGAAGGUUGCGAGAUGAGAAAGAAGGUUAAGAAGCUUAGGGACACGGCGGUGAAAUCGCUGAGUCGUGACGGUGGAUCGGCACACGAAUCGUUGUCGAGAGUCGCCGAGGAAUGUGAACGUCGUUUGGAGCCUGUUAGAGGCACGGCACGUGGUGCCUAGCAAAUGCUUACCGUUUUUUAUUUUUACGUUUGAACUGUGUGUCAUUUGAGUGUGUUUUUCAGUUUCCGGGCCUUACCACAUGUCACUUGCUUUUAAUAAUGUCUAAUCUACGUUGUACAAAGUGUUUAAUAUGUAUGAUAAUUUUUUUUUUAAA